UUCCGAUAUAAUGAUUUAUUUAUUAGUGACUUCUCUAUCGUUUAUUUUAAUGUGAAAUACUUUCUGAAACAAGUUCGAACGACCAGAUUGUCUUAGCUUGCUUUGGAAUUUCGGUCUUAUACAUGGCGCAUGCUAAUGCUAUCUAUAUAAACAUGUGUUACAUUUAGCCCAUAUCGAUAAAUUAUUAAAUUCAUUCGUUGCAUUUCAUCAUUGGUUGACAAAAAAAUGCUUUUACUUUAGAAAUUUUGACAAAAUAAUUUCAAAAUGAAAUAAAUUUUCCUUAGUUGCACAAGUGCUGUUGAAAUCCUUAUAGUCUAAUGUGUCGUAACUGAAUCAUUCAAUAGAAAAUUCAUCGUAUUACAACUUUCUACAAUACAUUUAUCUUCAUCUAGGUUUUGAAAAGAAGUAAUUUUUCAUCAAUAUUUUCAGUUAGAAUUAUUUCUUAUAUUAAUCUGAGGACGGUUUCAGACAGAACAUGAUCAUAUUAUAAAUUAAUUAAAUUAAUCUAUUUAACUUUUCAAAUACUUAAAGUUAUUAUUUAAUGAUAUGAAAUUAAAGGUUUUAUGAAUUGAAACUGUUCGAACAAGUAAAUAAGAAAAAUCGAAGGCGAAUUUUAGAGUUUUUUUUUGAAAAACUUUAAACAAAAAUAGAAUAAUAAUUAGCAUUUUUCACCUUCUUUAAUGUUCUGUAUAAGGUGAUAAUUGCUAUUCAGAAUAGUUCUAGUCAAUGGUUGUUAAUCCAUAGUUGAAUUUUAAGACUAAUAGCACGAAUGAAAUAUUCAGUUCUGUUUAGGAUUUCAAAUUAUCAUCGUACUUUUUACCUUCUGGUAUUCUAACCAUCUCUUCUUUUUAUUUAAGUCUUUAUUAUGUACGCGAGCGUUUAUUUACGAGGGAAACUUCCUGAUUGAAAUCGGCUUUUGAGUUCGAACUCUAUGCAUCAGAUAGACUCAAAUGAGAUAUUAAAAACCAUGAAAGACAAGAGUUCUAGACUUUUCCUUCAAAGUUAUAGACAUCAUAUUGAAAUUUUAUCGACAUUUUACUUGUAAUUAGAAUCUCUUAAAAAUUUAAGCUCAAGUCCAUGUUCUUUUCUCGAGAUAUUGAAUUGCAAAAAACAACAUUUGAGAUUCCAAAAUCUUUCGUGUAAUAUAAAUCAUUUUUGAAAACUCAAUAUCUCAUGAAGAGAGCAUUCUAUUGAAGUUAAAUUUUCAGUAAACUCUAAUUACAAGUAGGGUGUAUGUUAAUAGAAUUGGUUUAUCACUUAACAAAUAUUUUCAUUAUUGCUUUUUCUUUUGUUUUAGAUGGGUAUUAAAAAUCAUCGAUAUAAUACAUCUAUAAAACUUGAUAAUGACGAACGAAGUGAAGGUGAAUUAGAUUCAUCAUUAAGUGAUAACGAUGAUGAUGAUGAUAAUAAUGAAAUUUCUCCUAGAACAAUCUCUUAA